CUCUCUCUCUCCAAGUCAAAGUUCCUUUCUUAGUUUUUUCUCUCUCUAGGGUUUUUACUUGUAAACUGUAAUCACUCGAGCUCAAAACAAAACGCUUGUUGUUUUCCAAGUGGCGGCUAUGAGGAGGUGUUGUUGGGUAAAGGACCAUAACUGAAGAGAAUGCUGAAGCAUGCUCAUACAAUGGAACACUCUCCACCAGCUCAUCCCGCUGUAGGAGUCCCAAGUAGCAGUGCUGCACAAAUAGCCUACGCUGCUCCCCCCUACCAACAAGCUACAAUGCCUGGUCCUCCUCCAGCGUCAUCCUUUCCUACAUCUUCAGCUCAUCUCACUUUCCAACAAGCACACCAAUUCCACCUCCAACAACAACAGCAGCAAAAUCAACAGCUUCAGGCCUUCUGGGCUGAGCGAAUCCUAGAGAUUGAGCAAACCACCGACUUCAGAAACCACAGCCUGCCACUUGCACGAAUAAAAAAGAUCAUGAAGGCUGAUGAAGACGUACGAAUGAUAUCAGCUGAGGCCCCUGUUGUAUUUGCCAAGGCUUGUGAAAUAUUCAUACUGGAAUUAACACUUAGGUCAUGGAUCAACACUGAAGAGAACAAGAGGAGGACACUCCAGAAGAAUGAUAUCGCUGCUGCUAUAACGAGGACUGAUAUAUUUGAUUUCUUGGUUGAUAUAGUUCCUAGAGACGAGUUGAAGGAAGAGGGACUUGGGAUUCCGAGAGCUGCGUUGCCUAUGGUUGGGGGGGCGGCUGAUUCUAUUCCUUAUUAUUAUGCUCAACAACAUCCGGGCAUGUUUAUGGGGAAAAACAUGGACCAGUCUGCUGAUUUCUAUGCUGCUCAUCAACCUCAUCCUGGGGCUUAUAUGUGGCCUCAAGUGCAAUCAGCCCAACAACAGCAAGCACAGCAGCAGCAUCAACAACAGCAGAUGCCUGAUAAUGGCUAAAGUUAAUAUUAGGUUUUUGUUUUUCUGCUAACAAUAGUAUGUGACUGAAGUUGUCGAUAUCUGUACUUUAUUUUGCUCUUGUAGUAGGCACUAUUGUCAUGUGUUAGCUUUUUUAGGGGCGAUGAUGACUUUCAUGUUUAUUUCAACUUGCAGCGAAAAAUGAGACGGUCCGAAUUUCAUAACUGUUGAUCAGUAA